UGCGUGGUGGGUGGGUGGAUGUUUGCAUGCGUGGUGGACGAUGUGCGGGAUGCCUCUUCGGGUUUAACUGGGUAACCUAUUCCUACGCACCUGUCCCCACAAAAGAGGUGUGUAAAAGCGUUUUGUAAACCCUCUAUAGUAUAACCAUUUAUAUCACCAUUGAUAUACUUAUUAAUACUUAAUAUGGCUUACAGUAAUACUAACACACUCUAUUUCUCUUCCCUUUCUCCUAUACCUCACCUGUGAGGUAAACCAUUACCAGCCAUCAACCAUCUCUGUGCCUGUCCCUCAUCACACCUGAAGUCACAUCCCUCUGACUGCCCUACCAUCGCCAUUGCCUUCGCCAUCCCUAUGACUGCCCUAACAUCGCCUGCUGUGGUUCCCUGCCCGAAUCUUUGGCCCUCGGAUCCCAGCGACCCAUCACCUUCAGAAAUAACUAAUGGAUUACUAAUGGACAAUUUAUUCCCUACACUGGACUAUUUGAACUUUCAUUGUCAUUGUAACUUUCAAACUACAAAUGACUGUACUGUAACUGACCCAAGGCAGAUGGGUUGGGCCCUUGAGUCGUGGGUCUGUCUGAGACCACAGACACACAGACCUCCAUCUCCAGUGCCCAGCGGUGUGUCCAUGAGGAGUGGCCGGUCCAAGGAGGAUGUUCAGCCCAACCUCAGCACCGGACCAGUCCCACCUGAUGCAGAACCACAGACACACAGACCUCCAUCUCCAGUGCCCAGUGGUGUGUCCAUGAGGAGUGGCCGGUCCAAGGAGGAUGUUCAGCCCAACCUCAGCACCGGACCAGUCCCACCUGAUUCAAAACCACAGACACACAGACCUCCAUCUCCAGUGCCCAGCGGUGUGUCCAUGAGGAGUGGCCGGUCCAAGGAGGAUGUUCAGCCCAACCUCAGCACCGGACCAGUCCCACCUGAUGCAGAUGAUCUGACCCAGGACCAGUCCAGGUGUGGAGUAUGUGAGCAGGUACUGCGGGAUCCAGUCAUCACCACCUGUGGACACAGUUUCUGCAGACAGUGCAUCAGCAGCUUCUGGAAGCAGCCUGGACUAGCAGGAGACCAAGCCUGUGCCCAGUGUGGGAAGACAUGCAGAACCCAACCUCUUCUACAGCCUCCUCUGGAUGAUCACACGGAUAUGAGUACACAGGAUGAACACACAGACUUGAUCAACAGCAGAAGACACCUGCACACUGAACAUACACCAGGCAGAAAGAGAGAACUAGAUGAGGACCUGAGGAGAGUAAUAGAGAAUCACAAAGCUGGUCUGAAGAAGAGGUUUGAGAACAUAUCUGAAGGCAUCGUCAAACCAGGAGCUGAGAUACUCCUCAAUACGAUCUACACAGAACUCUAUAUCACAGAAGGAGAGAGUGAAGGCGUGAAUAAGGAACAUGAGGUUUGGCAGAUAGAGUCAGCAUCUAGACGAGAAAGCACAGAAGACACACCAAUCAACUGCAAUGACAUCUUCAAGCCCUUACCUGGACAGGAGAAGCACAUCAGAACUGUGAUGACCAAAGGUGUUGCUGGCAUUGGAAAAACAGUCUCAGUGCAGAAGUUCAUUCUUGACUGGACAGAUGGGGUGGCCAAUCAAGAUGCAGAUUUUAUAUUUCCCCUUUCUUUCCGUGGGCUGAACUUAGUCCGGCAUGAUAAGUAUAGCCUUCACAAGCUCCUACUUGACUUCCACCCUGAACUGAAGGAUCUGAAUGAUAAUGAAGGAUACAAAGACUGUCGGGUUGUGUUCAUCUUUGAUGGUUUAGAUGAGAGCCGGUUGACUCUGGAUCUGGAACAGAAGAGUGCGUUGUCUGAUGUAAAACAAACAUCAACAGUGGAUGUUCUGAUGACAAGCCUCAUUCGGGGAACUCUGCUUCCAUCUGCACUCAUCUGGAUAACCUCACGCCCAACAGCAGCCAGUCAGAUUCCUGCUCAGUAUAUCGACCAGGUAACAGAAGUGCGAGGAUUCAACGACCCACAGAAGGAAGAGUACUUCAGGAAGAAAAUCAGUGAUGAGAGCCAGGCCAGCAAAAUAAUCUCUCACAUAAAGGUAUCCAGGAGUCUCCACAUCAUAUGCCACAUUCCAGUCUUCUGUUGGAUUGCAGCUACUGUACUUCAGCAGAUACUGGAAAAGAAAAACAUUAAAUACAUUCCUAAAACAUUGACUGAGAUGUUCAUACACUUCUUGCUCAUCCAGACUAUCAGGAAGGAACAGAAAUAUCAGAGUGAAACUGAAGCAGAUAUAGGUCUGAAAUCUCAAAGAAACAUUUUACUGAAGCUGGCUGAACUGGCUUUCAAGAAUUUGGAAAAUGGCCAUCUGAUGUUUUAUGAGGAAGACCUGCAAGAGUGUGGCAUUAAUAUCAGUGAAGCCUCAGUGUACUCUGGCAUGUGUACGGAGAUCUUCAAGGAAGAAUAUAUGUGUCACAAGGGGAAAGCCUACUGUUUUGUGCAUUUGAGCAUCCAGGAGUUUCUGGCAGCUUUGUACGUGUUUCACUCAUAUUUGGUGAAGAACAUUACAUCACUGGAAUCCUUUAUCUGUGAUGAGCAUAGAGAUGAACUCAAUCCAUCAGUGGUAUCAAAUUUUAGAUCAAUUCUAGGACUGAAACCUCAAGACAACUUACAUGUUUUACUGAAGAGUGCAGUUGAUAAGGCUUUGAAAAGCCAGCACGGACACCUGGAUCUCUUCCUUCGCUUUCUUAUGGGCAUUUCUCUGGAGAGCAAUCACAGACUUCUGCAAGGUGUACUGAACCACACACACAACAGCUCAAAUAGCAUCAAAACAGUAUGUCAGUAUAUUAAGAAGCUUAACACAGCAGGUCUGUCUCCUGAAAGAUGCAUCAAUCUGUUCCACUGUUUGUUUGAAAUGAAUGAUCAUUCCAUGCAUGAGGAAAUUCAGAAAUACUUGUCAUCACCAAAGAACAUUAAACAGAAGUUGUCGCCUGCCCACUGUUCAGCACUGGCCCACAUACUUCUGAUGUCUAAGGAGGUGCUGGAUGAGUUUGACCUGAAGAAAUACAACACAUCAGAUGAAGGACGCAGGAGACUGAUCCCAGCUGUGAGGUGCUGCAGAAAGGCAGAAUUUUCAGACUGUAAACUCACAGAAAAAUCCUGUGAGAUUAUGGCUUCAGCUCUACAGUCACCAAACUCCCUGCUACAGCUGGACUUGAGUAAGAAUGACCUGGGUGAUUCUGGAGUUCAGCUUCUCUCCAAGGGACUGUCUAGUUUUAACUGCAAAAUACAGACAUUAAGGCUCAGUAAGUGCGGUAUCUCAGAUGAAGGGUAUGUUUGUCUGGCUCUCACUCUGAUGUUAAACCCCUCUUGUGUGAAAGAGCUGGAUGUGAGCAACAAUCAUCCUGGAGAAUCUGCACAGAAGCUGUUAUCUGCAACAUUGGAGCAUCCUGACCGUAAAGUUGAAGCACUUCGAUUUGCUGAAUGUAAACUCCCUGAUAACAAAUCCCUUGGAGAUGUUGCUUCAGUUCUGCAGUCACCAAACUCCCUGAUCGAGCUGGACCUGAGUACCAAUGACCUGGGAGAUUCUGGAGUUCAGCUUCUCUCUAAAGGUCUAUCUAGUCCCCAUUGCAGACUACAUAAAUUAAGCCUGCAGAACUGCGGCAUUGGAGAGGAAGGUUUCAAAGCUCUUGCAUCAGCACUGAGAUCAAACCCCUCACACAUGAGAGAGCUGUGGCUGAGAGAGAAUAAAGCAGGAGACUCAGGAGUGAAGCAUCUUUCUUCUUUUCUGGAGGAUCCCAACUGUAAACUGGACACACUAGGCCUGAAUGGCUGCAGAAUUGGAGAGGAAGGUUUCACAGCUCUUGCAUCAGCACUGAGAUCAAACCCCUCACACAUGAGAGACCUGGGGCUGAGAGGGAGUAAAGCAGGAGACUCAGGAGUGAAGCAUCUUUCUUCUUUUCUGGAGGAUCCCAAUUGCACACUGGAAAAACUAGGCCUACAGAACUGCAGCAUUGGAGAGGAAGGAUUCACAGCUCUUGUAUCAGCACUGAGAUCAAACCCCUCACACAUGAGACAGCUGGGGCUGGAGGGGAGUAAAGCAACAGACUCAGGAGUGAAGCAUCUUUCUUCUCUUCUGGAGGAUCCCAACUGUAAACUGGAGGACCUACACCUGAGGAACUGCAGCAUUGGAGAGGAAGGUUUCACAGCUCUUGCAUCAGCACUGAGAUCAAACCCCUCACACAUGAGAGACCUGCGGCUGACGGAGAAUAAAGCAACAGACUCAGGAGUGAAGCAUCUUUCUUCUCUUCUGGAGGAUCCCAACUGUAAAAUGGAGACAUUAGCCCUGGACAACUGCAACAUUGGAGAGGAAGGCUUCACAGCUCUUGCAUCAGCACUGAGAUCAAACCCCUCACACAUGAGACAGCUGUGGCUGAGAGGGAGUAAAGCAGGAGACUCAGGAGUGAAGCAUCUUUCUUGUCUGCUGGAGGAUCCCAACUCUAAACUGGAGGAACUAAACCUGUAUAACUGCAGUAUAACAGAUAAAGGUUUAAGAAUUUUAGCAUCAGCACUGAGAUCAAGCCCAUCAGCCCUCAGAUAUCUCGAUCUGAGGCAGAAUCAGCCUGGACCCUCAGCACAGCAGCUGCUCUCUGAACUGAAGAAACAUCCAAACUGUAAACAUAUACAAAUAGAUGGAGGUGAAUGAGUCCAUCCCAUUGUAUUGAAACAUGUGUUCACAAUGUGCAUAAAGCAGUGUGAUGUUGAAGACAAUACUGUAUAGGGCAGGUCUCCACUGUGCCUGUCUUUACUCAAUGGGAGGUAUUUUUUUCUGUUUUCCAGUCCUGUCAUCCUUUAAUUAUCUUUCCCUCUCAGUUGUGUACAGGUUUCAUCACAUUACUAUUUGAAGUAAUAUGUUUUAAAGUAACAUGUAAAUACACAGACAUUCUAAACAGUGCUUUAUGACAAAAAAAAAGAAAAAAAUACAUUUGUAUCAGUAAAUAUUUGUAAUGAAAUUAAUUUUGAACAGAGAUUGUUAUAAUAUAGGCCUACUGUAAAUAAAAACUGAAAUUAAAAGGACACUGUGUAAAAUGUUCAGUUGUUUGCUAACAAAAU